AUGAAGCUGGCUCUCCUCCUGCCCUGGGCGUGCUGCUGCCUCUGCGGGUCGGCGCUGGCCACCGGCUUCCUGUACCCCUUCCCGGCCGCAGCCCUGCAGCAGCACGGCUACCCCGAGCCGGGAGCCGGCUCCCCGGGCAGCGGCUACGGGAGCCGCCGGCACUGGUGCCAUCACACGGUGACGCGGACGGUGUCCUGCCAGGUGCAGAACGGCUCGGAGACAGUGGUCCAGCGUGUGUACCAGAGCUGCCGGUGGCCGGGGCCCUGUGCCAACCUCGUGAGUUACAGAACUCUGAUCAGACCCACAUACAGAGUGUCCUACCGCACGGUGACGGCGCUGGAAUGGAGAUGCUGUCCUGGCUUCACCGGGAGCAACUGUGAGGAGGAAUGCAUGAACUGUACCCGGCUCAGCGACAUGAGUGAGCGGCUAACCACGCUGGAGGCCAAGGUUCUUCUGCUGGAAGCAGCAGGGCAGCCCGCAGGCCCGGGCAAUGACCUGCCAGCCCCCCAGAGCACCCUACCACCCUGGAACGAGGACUUCCUCCCUGAUGCCAUCCCACUGGCCCACCCAGGGCCCCGAAGGAGAAGGCCCACGGGCCCAGCCGGGCCCCCGGGGCAGACGGGACCGCCAGGGCCUGCAGGUCCCCCAGGCUCCAAGGGUGACCGGGGCCAGGCAGGAGAGAAGGGCCCAGCAGGGCCUCCUGGCCUCUUGGGGCCGCCAGGGCCCCGCGGGCUUCCUGGAGAGACGGGGCGCCCCGGGCCCCCCGGACCCCCUGGCCCAGCGGGCAGCCCGGGCUUCCCUCCGAACGGCCCCCAGGGCGUCCUCUACUCCCUGCAGCCGCCGACGGACAAGGGUGACGGAGACUCACAGCCGGCCUCUGCAGCCGUGGACACAGUGCUGGCUGGCGUCCCAGGGCCCCGGGGCCCCCCUGGCCCUCCAGGUCCCCCUGGACCACAUGGUCCCCCAGGACCCCCAGGUGUCCCUGGAUCCCAGGGCCUGGCCGGAGAGCGGGGCGUGACAGGACCGGCUGGCGAGCCUGGCGGGAAGGGGCAAGAAGACGACAAAGCUGCUGCAGAGGGUGAGGGGGUACAGCAGCUGCGGGAGGCCCUGAAGAUCCUAGCAGAGAGAGUCCUCAUCCUGGAGCACAUGAUUGGGAUCCAUGAUCCCCUGGCCUCCCCCGAGGGGGGCUCUGGCCAAGACGCUGCCCUGAGAGCCAACCUGAAGAUGAAGCGUGGUGGCUCCCCGCCUGACGGCAUGCUCGCUGCCCUGCUCGGCCCCGACCCCGGGCAGAGGAGGGCUGGCCGGGCCGGCGGCGGCAAGUGA